AUUAGAAGAAGAGUACGAUUAGGUAGAAUAUUACAGAGACAAACUGACAAAAUAUAAAUCAAAAUGCGAAUUCCGAUUGAACGAGAUUACGAAGACCCAAGCAGAUCGUUUGAGCUGUUCCAAUUUCUCUAUAACGGAGAAAAUUCAGAGAAAAUUUCAUUUACCAAGAAUAGAACUGAAGAAAUUCGAUGGGAACGUGAAGAACUGGAUUGGGUUCUGGGGACAAUUCAAGAAGAUUCACAACGACCCAGAAAUAGAUAAUGAAGACAAGUUUCAGUAUCUUUUACAAGCGACGGAAAGUGGUUCAGUUGCUCGAGAUUUAGUAGAAAGUUACCCCCCGUCUGGGCCCAAUUACAUUAAAGCCAUUGACCAGUUGAAGACUCGUUUUGCCAGGGACGAAUUCCUAAUCGAAGUUUACGUAAGGGAACUAUUACAACUUGUACUGCAACAAUCUUCAAAAGCUAAAACAGGUAUGUCUCUUUCCAAUCUGUAUGAUAAACUUGAAACCCAGUUAAGAGCUUUGGAAUCCCUAGGAGUUACUAGCGAAAAAUAUGCGGCUAUGCUUUUCCCUCUUGUAGAAUCGGCUUUGCCUGCAGAAGUUUUAAGAACUUGGGAAAGACAUCGUAAUUUCAAUCAACGAAAUGAGAAGAAUGAUAAUGACACUUCCAAAGGUACUAAUUAUUUGAAUAUGUUAUUAGGUUUUUUGAAAAUGGAGGUUGAGUCAGAAGAACGAAUAAAUUUGGCACAAAAAGGAUUUGGAAAAGGACACGAGCACAACAAAUAUCAUGACAGUAAGGAUAAAUAUUUUCCAAAACAAGGUGAGCCCGAAUUAUAUACAGCAGCUGCUUUGUACACAGCUAAUCCCAAAGAUUAUUUAAAAGAUAAGCAAAAUAAUUGUUUAUUCUGCGAUUUGAAUUCACAUGCAAGUAAGGAUUGUUUGAAAGC